GUAAUCGCGAUUGAUACGUCGGAGUUGGAAUUACUUGAUGGAUUCUGUUUGCUGUUUGACUGAUGCGGAGAGGAACGACAUCGGCUUAGUUUCUGCCAAGUGAGAUCAUGAAGCUUUUUUGACCUCCGGAGAAAGACUGCUUUGGCGUGCGUGGCGGAAGCAGAUUAGGGUUCUUGGUGAGUUGAUGAAGAGACCGCUUGCCAUCUUUGAGACUAUUAUUAUCCGCCAACGAACUAGUCAUUUAAAUUAUUGUCUACUAUCCGAUCUUGUCGUUGCUUGGACUUGAUUAUUACCAUAUGGCGGCACCUAUUCCUACCAAACAACAAGAGAUAUCAUUUCAUUAUUGUGCUUUAGCAUGUAAAGUUCUAUGAAUCGUGAUGCGGGAAAGAGUAUUGUCGAGGAAGUUACAGAAAAGGAUGUGUAUGUUAGGUUUGAUGCAAGUUUACAGGAAGAAAGUGAUGAACACGCAACUGUAAGGGUGAUGGCUGCAGUGAUAUAAUACUACCUCUCCUUGUCGUGCAGAGCUAACAAAAAGGACUCGGCAUCCGAACCCUAAGCCAACUCAACUCGCUUAUCCUCUCUUCCUCCCUAUUACAUUCCCUGUUCUUGUCUCCCAGCGCCUGUCUUCGUCGGACUUUUGUGUGGAUAGGAGUUAUGGAAUCGACAUCUUCGGCGUCAGCAGGAUCCGGUGGCACAAAGACGUGCCGGCGUGGGCACUGGAGGCCUGGUGAAGACGAGAAGCUGCGGCAGAUCGUGGAAGAGUUUGGACCUCGCAACUGGAACUCGAUUGCUGAGAACCUGAAGGGGAGAUCAGGUGCAGUUUCCGGUAAGAGCUGCAGAUUGAGGUGGUUUAACCAGCUUGACCCGAGGAUCAACAAAAGGCCAUUCACAGAACAAGAGGAAGAGAGGCUGGUUGCGGCUCAACAAGUUCAUGGAAACCAGUGGGCGCUGAUCGCACGGCUCUUUCCCGGGAGGACAGACAACGCGGUGAAGAACCAUUGGCAUGUCAUCGUGGCUCGCCGUCACAGAGAAAGAUCAAAGCUCGUGAGGAAGAGACCCCUGCAACGGUUCCAAAUCCUAUCCGACGUCGAGCUUUCAAGCAUCCAUUUGUUGCCGCAAACAUACCCUAAUCCUAAACGUAGUUCUAGUGUUUAUAGGAGGAGUUCACAGCUCCAUGACCAGCCACCUCGCCGUUAUCGUCAUCUACCUCGCUGGAGUCUCGUGGCAUGCGAGGAGGAUGCCAAGUACAAGAAGGCAGCUCCUCUGGAUUCCGGUAACUGCUCCUCCGAGAGUGAUUGCUGUCAUGCAGUAAACGCAUGCGAAAUGGUCGGACUUGGGGACGAUUCUGACAUGUCCAUCGAUCAUAGAGGCAUGAAUGAGAAGACUGAUAGAAGGAAGAACGUUCCUUUCAUAGACUUUCUGGGCGUUGGGAUGACUUCUUGAAUCCAAGAACCUUUUUGUUCUUGAAAGUUUGUGGCGAAUGCUUGCUGUAAUGACAUCUUUUGAGUUUUAGGAGAAACAACACACACAACAUUUCCAAGAAA